UUGACCUGGUUUGUGCCAUGUCCCCGUACUCCCAUUCCUCUUCCAAAGCUCCCGGCGGCGGCGGCUCGCAACCUCAUCCCGCCUCCACGACCGCCACAUGGCCGCCGCGUACAAGCUCCUCCUCUCCUGCCCCGAAGGCCUCCCUCGAUCCCGAGUUUCGGUGAGGUUUGGUCCGUCCUUCGACCGGAUCCACCACCCGGACGCAUCCCUGGAGGAUUCUAUAGGCGAGGUGAUCUGGAAUCAAAGGCUCCAGCAGAACCCAUCGCUGUACAACGGCACGAAAUUUCGGUAUGGAGGGCAUGCCUUGCACCGCAGUGAUGAAUCAAAUCAGGUGUACUGUGUCUCACUUCAUUUGGGACUCACAGAUUAUAGGACAUUUGUUGGAACAAAUCUCAGUCCACUGUGGGAGAAAUUUUUGGUCCCCUCUCAAGAUGACUCUGUGUAUUGCCAACACAUGUCAAAUCCACUGGGAAAUGGUGCAAUCGUUGAAACAUCUGAUGAAAAAAUUAUUGUAUUGCAAAGGAGCAACAAUGUCGGCGAGUCUCCUGGACACUAUGUUUUUCCUGGAGGACAUUCUGAGCCACAAGAAGUUGGAAUCUUGGCUCAUCAAAAUGAAGAAAAAGAUGUCAGUGGUCUCAUUGAAAGAAUUUCAAAUGAAAUGUUUGAUGGAAUCAUCCGUGAAGUUGUUGAGGAAACUGGAGUUCCUGCUAGUUCACUGACAGAACCCAUUCUCAUUGGAGUUUCUCAGCGAGAAACGAAUGUUAGACCAGCAGCAUUCUUUUACAUGAGAUGUAACAUUGAUUCCAGCGCCGUAACUGAGCUUUAUGCUAGAGCUCAAGAUGGUUAUGAAUCCACCAAGCUCUAUGCAGUAUCAUUGAAAGAAUUACGAGAAAUGAGCCAGCGGUUGCCUGGUUGCCACCUAGGGGGCUUUGCUCUGUAUGAACUUAUGAGGAACGCUUCGGAAAGUUCGUGAACGAACCGAUGUACCGAUAUAGACUGAGUUCUUCAGAGUUCAGACGGAAAGAAAUCCACAGCACACCAACUCGAUAAAGAUUACUGAGAUUCAGAUUAAAGAUGAUCAAGAGCAUUCCUCUGUAGACUAUAUGAAAUGUGUCCAUCUUCGUCCUGCAUUGUUCUUUUUCGUCUGUUUUUCGUGCAGUGCAGUGCAGUGCACGAGUGUAACCAGUAUUUAUUUACUUCUGUUCCUGGAAUUCUUGUAUGUUCCGCGGUAACAAAAAUGCACGACUAAUCCCUAUCUAUCGAACAACAAAACAAGCUAGUAACUAUGGAACUACGUUUGUAAGUUUUGCGCAUGGUUGUGACAUGCCGUUCAUUUUCA